AUGGAUCGAGGUAAUAAUCAUCCAGCUAAACAAUUGGCCAAUUAUAAGUUAGCCAACACCUACACUUUUUUUGGUACUAUUCACAUUAAGACAUCAGCAACAGUGUUAAUUUUAUUUUACAUGCUUUCAUUAGCUGUUGCUGACUUGACAAUUGAUGUGACAACGAUUGAUUCAUCGUCUUCUGUAUAUACAACUACCGCAAGUACAAUAGCACUAUUGGUAAUAUUAUUAGCACAAUAUGGAAUUUGGAAAGAAUCGUCCUUGUGUUUAUUACCAUUGAUAUUUAUUCAGGUAGUGUUAAGCGCAAUGAUGAUAUUAGCAUUUGCUUUUUCGUGUUUCAUUGAAUUUUAUUGCUUUCUUAUUGAAGCUUGUAGAGGCGACCGUUUUCUCAUGGUUGGUAUGGGAAGUGCUAUAUUUUGUGUGUCGCACUGUUAUUGUAUUGUAAUCAUAUGGCUCUGUUGGAAAUAUUUUCGCUAUAUAGAAAAAAAAGCAGAAUUAAAACAAACAUGGCAUAUUGAAACAAUUGAUGAUGACAUUGAUGAAAAUGUUCUGAUUGAUAAUAUACCACUUAAUGCAAAUUUUACUUAG